AUGCCGUGCAAUCUCAUCCAAGAUGACUUGCUCCGUAACUUUCCCUGGUACCGAGGGAGGACAACGAAACAUACUGGGGGAACAGACACAACCAGGUACGAUCCUAGUACCAGGAAUAGAGAACAAGUGGGCCUAUUGGGAAAGAGAACCUUCCAGGGCAACAAUGGCAACUGCUUCCUCGGAACUGCCAAGAAAAGGGGAGUAUCGCUGCACGUUGGUACUGACACCUCUCCAGGGUGGUCGGAGGCAUUCCCCUGUAGAACUAGUAAGGCACGUGAGGUGACUGAAGUAGCGUUCCAGGAGGCUAUUCCAAGAUUUGGGCUCCCGUCAACUGUCUCCUCAGAUUGCAAAGGUGAUGCAACGAGUUUCACUGCCUUGGCAGAGAAGUGUGUCCAGCAGAAUGGACCAGAGAGAGGAGCUGAGGAGCUGGCGCAUGUCCUCAACGCCUACAUGGGGGACAUUCUGGAGGUGGUGCUGGCUUUUGGAGGAGACAUCCUGAAGUUUGCAGGGGAUGCUGUGCUGGUGCUUUGGAGAGCAGCACCGCCUCAGAUGCCUAUGGCCAUCAACGUGGCGCUGCAGUGCGCCUGGAAAAUCCAGAAGAAGUACGGCACUCAUGACACGCACAUGGGUCUCAAGCUCCACCUGAAGAUAGGGAUCUCGGCCGGGAUUCUCUCCUUCCUAUCCGUCAGAGGUGGGGAUCAUCAGUACUUCUUCGUCUGCAGCCAGGCCCUGGAGGAAGUUAUCGAGGCCCGAAGCCUUUCGGCUGACUAUGAAAUCAUGAUGUCACAGACCUGCUGGGAGCUGUGUGGGCAGCAACGAAUCAAGGCCCAAUCUAUUGCUGGCAGAAGGGCCAUGAAGGUUGUGAGAAUGAUGCACUUAGCUCGCCAAGAAUACCAAGAUGCUGUAGGCCAGCUGAACAUGUACAGAGGGGAUUGGCAUUUGAAAGGGACGGCCCUCCAAAGGCCGGUUCUUAGGAGCUCUGGUGAUCCUGAAGUGGCAGCGAGGCUGGAGAUGCACAUACCGACAGCAGUUCUCCAGAAGCUUCGUCAGGACAUGCCACUGGAGCUGUGCUCUGAGCUACGGCCGGUCACCGUCCUCUUUGUCCAGCUGCAGUUUCCUGACACGAUCAGCGUAGUGGAGCUCAGCAGCAGCCUCAGUGAUAGCAGCAGUAUGAUUUCAGAAAUCAUCAGCCCUCACAAGGGUGAAAUCAACAAAACUCUUCUGUUUGAAAAAGGCUGCACCUUUCUCUGCGUGUUUGGAUUUCCUGGAGGAAAAUUGGCCUGUGAGAGCACCCACACCUUGGAAUGUGCUAUGCAGAUCUUCCACAAGGCCUCCACGGGGCUGAGAAAACUCCAGCAAGUUUCCGUCGGGGUCAGCAGCGGGACGGCGUUCUGCAGCCUCACUGGCCAUCCCGAGAGGUGUGAACACACAGCCCUUGGCUUUAAGGUGAAUUUGGCCGCCCGCAUGAUGAUAGCCUACCCAGGGAUGGUGUCCUGUGAUGCAGAGACCCACGCGGCCUCUCGCCUGCCCAGCUACUGCUUCAAAGAGUUGCCACAGAGAGACAUGAAAGGUGUUACCAAUCCCGUCACCAUCUAUCAAUACAUGGGGAUCACCGAGCACCAAAAUGACAUGGGCCUUGCCAGGGAGAGGUCGCACUAUGGUCCCUUGCUGGGUCGCGAGGCGGAGAUCGAAACCUUUGAUUGCUGCUUGGAGGCCUAUGAGCUUUUGGAAGAAGCACAGAUCCUGGCAUUUGUGGGCAUUCCAGGCUCUGGAAAGAGCCACUUACUUGCCGAGCUGGCCGUUUUAGACCGGGCUACUAAGUACAAGAUCAACACUAUGGAAUUGACAGAGGACAACAUGAAGCAGCCCUUCUCUGCCAUCCGUCUACUGGUGGCCAGGGCGCUGGGUCUCCAGGGUGAUGAAACCUCCAGUGACAGGCAGCGCACUCUGCAGACCGUGCUCCAAGACACAGUGGAAGAGAGCAGCUAUUGCCUGCUAAACGAUGUUUUCUUAGUUGAGUUUCCCAUCACGGACGAGGUUUCCAAGAUGUGUUCCGCUGAAAGGGCCAGCGCGUUCCACCUGACUUGUACACAAGUGCUACAGAAGGUGCUUGGGGGGAAAUACGGCAUAUUUUUCAUCGACAACGCCCACUUCCUCGACACUAGGUCCUGGUCUAUCAUGUGGCCCCUGCUUCAAAGUGUCACGGUCUUUAUGGUCAUGAGCUUAGUUCCGGGCCAUGACAGAACAGAGAGCAUUUUCAAAGCUGCCGCAGACUGCAAGACAUCUGAGACGAUCACUUGUGUUCGUCUGGAAGGGCUGAAAGCUUCAGCUGUAGUGCAGAAAGCCUGCCAGGACCUUGGAGUGAGCAGCAUCCCCAGGGAGCUAGCAAGGUUCCUGAUCCAGAGAAGCUCUGGCAUCCCAUAUUACUGUGAGGAACUGCUGCGCUACCUGCGACGCAACAACAUGCUCUUGUUGCACACUGGGAGGCCGGACGAAGGACAGGACAACUGGCAGAGCCUGAUUGCCAAGGCGUCACCUGCUGUCACCGCUGCCUCGAGCUUGGGUACCAGGAAUGACAGCGAAAGGAUCUGUACCAUCAGACCAGACGUGAGCCUGGAGAACCCCAUGCUGCCGGUGGCCUUGAAAGAGAUUGCGCUGGCUGAGCUGGAUCGGAUCAAUCUGGAGAAGCAGAUGGUUCUGAAGUUUGCAGCCAUCAUAGGGCCGGUGUUUACCACCCAGCAGCUGGUUCACAUUAUUCCCAGUAGCAAAAGGCACAGGAUUAAUUCACUGCUGGACAAGCUGGUGGAGGACAACAUCCUGAAGCAACUGGACAUCGAGGAGCCAGAAGGCAAGUGAGGUGCUACAAAGAGGCUGCCCACCUCUGGGCCGGCAAGAAGCGGGAUGAAGAGGCCCUCUGUGAGCAGGGAGACCAUGCAGCAGGAGUCUAAAAUCCUGGCCUUUUGCACCCCUCUGCUGUGGGAGGCAACUUACAAGCUGUGGCCCACGAGGCAGAAGAUCAACAUUCACUGUCAGUGUGCUGCCUUCCUGGAGAGGCAUGCACACAAAUGCCAGAGGUGCCACGAAGGGGACUUUGUGGCCUUCCACCGCUUUGGCAUCUCCAGACCCCAGGAGCAGGGGAGCUGCCAGGGCUCUGCUGAGAAGGACAACUGGAGCAGCUGGGAGGCCUUGGUAAUUGCUGGAGAACACCUGCGGAGGGCUAGGACCCUCCCUGCAGAGGGGAUUCUGGCAGAAGGCGAGCACACAACGCUGCGGGCCAAGGACAGUGGCCGGUGCUGCCAGUGUGAAGCCAUCGCCGAAGCGGUGCUUGUGCCCCUGGCUCGCCACUACACAGCCAUGGGCAAUGCUUCCCAAGCCUUCUACUACCUGCUGGAGUCUGCGGCUGCCUACCUGCACGUCUCCAACAGCUCCAUGGCCUUCAUGAAGCUGAAUGAAGCGGAGGUCCUGAGGAGCUCCCUAGAGGAAAAAAGGAGUGCCGUAGACCGCUUUGAGGAGGCCAUCUUCUUCAGCCUCAAAGGAGAGGUCUGCAGGAACAUGGGAUGUGUGAAGCUGGCCAGGAAAAUGAGCAGGCAGGCACUAAGCCUGCUGGAAAAGCAUUUCCCCCGGAGCCGUGCUGGGGCCUUUGUCAAGUCUCUGUGGGAAAGGUUGCAGCAGAUUUCUCAGGCCACACGCAGAGCGUCCUUCCUUCCACAGCAGGCUCGGAGGAAGAAACAAGCCUGGCUGCUUCACCGGAGCAGAUGCCUCUCCUUGCUCCAGGACCUCUACAGCCAGGAGGGCACAUCUGCUGGACAGAGAUUCUCCCGCCUGGCAGCACUCAUGAAGGCUAACACGGACAGGAAGAUGGACUCCUACCAGGCAGCAGACUCCAACGCUGGACUACUUUGA